AUGACGGAACCCUCGGAAAUACGUGACCAGUUGCAACAGCUACGUGCUCUUGCUGCAGAGAUCUGUGUUAAUAGAGUUUGUGCACGAUCGCGUGCGGUGUACCGGAACUCCUACAUGCGCUUUCUUAGGCUUCCUACCGACCAGAAGCUGCUGCGGGCUGCUGUGUCACGAGCGUUGGAUGGCGAUAUCACUCAGCCUCCGCUACGUUCUCAAGAAUUGGAAGCGGGAGAUUUCGUCGCUUGGUUGCCCACACUGCGUACAACUGCUGGUGCUCAGCUUAGCUUCAACGCCUCGAACACGCAUCGCGCUGGUCUCUUCAACCUCUCUCGAGUAUACAAAGAGCGUAUGUCGACGACACUGGAGCAGGGACUCACAGAUCAAUUUAGGGGUCUUAACCCUUUCGCGAGCCACUUUAGUGAACUAUAG